GAAAUUAACUAAAAACGGCCGUCCCCGACUCCCUUCUCGAAGUAAAAUUUCGCUGUAGCUUCUCCCUCUCUUCUUUCUCUGUGGACAUCUGUCCGAUAAUUCUCGCCGGUACUGUGCUUAUUCGCCAGUCUCGCACGUUCAUCUGAAGCUCAGGCCGGAGAUCUUAGGGUUCGUGUGGUUCUUUCAAACGCAUGCAGAAUUGGCACUUGUAAAGGAGUAUAAUUUGAAGAUCUGCGAUCUGAAAAAAAAAUCUGAGAAUAUAGUGUUCCUCUGGUGUUUGCAUUCAAUAUGCACUCCAAACCACAGGUGGCAUUGGAAUGUGCAACUUCACUACCAUCUGAAAAUCCAUUGCUCAAGGAUGGAGAUUCUUGUCUUACUUCAUCCUCACAAAAUAUUGUUGCUCCUCAGCAGCCUGUGAAGAAACAAACACGACAAUGGGCUGCUUGGACACGCCAGGAAGAGGAAAGCUUCUUCAAUGCCUUACGGCAAGUUGGGAAGAACUUUGAGAAAAUUACAUGCCGUGUGCAAAGUAAAAACAAGGAUCAGGUCAGACAUUAUUAUUAUCGCCUUGUAAGACGUAUGAACAAGCUGCUCAGUCCAGGAUUUAGUCUAGAUGCAAAAAAUUCCAAGGAUACUAUUGCUGCAAUGCUUCGAUGGUGGUCAUUGCUGGAAAAGUAUAGCUGCAAAGCCUCUAAGCUUCACUUGAAACCUCGAAGGCUAAAGUUAUUUGUGGAAGCUUUGGAGCACCAACUAUUGAAGGAUCGCAAAAAAAGCAUUAGGAAACGACCAUCCCAAGGGGAAUAUUGUUCUUCCGCAUCUCCAACUGCUGUAUUACUUCAGAAUAAAGCACCAGGACUUGAUACUCGCUCAGUUAAACUUGUUGCAGUUGAUAAUCAAAGCAUUCAAAAAGUAGUAUCUGGUAAAGGGUCUGCACUGAAGCGCAAUGUGAAUACAGGCAUAAACCGGAGCAACAACAAAUGUCACUCAUCAACUUCGAAAACAGGAAGGCAGCGCCGGAAGACAGGUGCUUCACCUGCUGCAUAUAAAAGAUGGGAAAAAGCUGCAAUGGCUGGGGUUUCCUUGGUCGCAGAUGCUGCAGAGCAUCUGGAGCGGUCAACAACCAACAAAAAGGAUUGCACUGAAGAAGGAACUUUGAUCAAGCCAUUUCCCGGACCAGUGGAUCCUGCUAAUGCACAAAAGGGUGACCCUGUAGGAGUUCGUCCCCCCUUGUCUAUGUCAACUUCAGUACAGCAGCUUACAGACUCUGGUGCACAACAAUCUCUGAAACUCAAGCUCCAAUUGUUUCCAAUUGAUGAAGUUACUAGAAGGGCCUUGGAAAAGGAUGAACACAAUCCACACUUGGAGCUCACUCUAAGUGCACGGAAGAAGAUAUCUUCGGUCCUAGAGCAUCUAAAUCGCAAGUGGGGAAAUUCAGGCAUAGCAUCUGGGGAUCUGAUUCUUUUCCCAUACAGUGUUCAGAGGGAGAACCUAAUGGGUUAUCCAAGAUGGAAGCAGGACACUGUUGCCAGUGCAGCAGAUGUAUAUGCAAUGAUUGGAAGUCCUCCAGUUUUCCGCUUGAGGUAUGGUUGGUUCUCCAGUACAGAUCUUGAGUCAAUUUGCCGUGCAUCAUCAUCUUACCAUAUCCAGGAACAGCAUACAAGUAUAAAUAGGUCAAAUAUUAAGGAGAGUACGGAUGCAACAUUACCUAUACUGUCUACCUGUCACCACUCGGAGCAUCUCUUAGAUUGCUUCAAGGAUCGGGUAACCUUAAUGACAGAGAGCAGCUUAAUUUUACCCUUGCAUGCUGAUUGUUGUGAGGACGUGAUUGGGUGUGCUGAAGAUCAAGAGAUCAGUCUUCCAGUAUCCUCAGCUAAUUCAUCAUGGCUCAAAAAGGAAAUUGGAGGUGGAAUUGUCAAGGGACAAUGGGAAGAAAUGGACAAUUUGAGAAUGAGCAAUAAUAGCACAGCAUUAUUGGCUGGGGAGUGGGCUGACGGCCUAACCAACAUAAGCAUUGGAGACCUACUCUCAGAAGCAUCUCGUGCUGCAGAUAACAACUGCGUUGACCCACAUUCUUUGGGAAGUUCUCAGUAUUUUCAGCAAAUCCCAUUUAGUUGUGAUUCAUUUGAUGCUGCAAUUGCUGCUCAUAUAGCUGCUCAUCAAGAAAAGCUAAACUUAAAAUCAGCUCAGGUUUCCCAUGCAACAUCCCUCUGGGAUGCUGAAGAAACACGUGAUGCCUUCUCAUUUCAAAAGAUGCCCACUUUUGAUCAGGAGGUUCGGAGUCCAUCCCAACAUGCGUCAUUUGGGACUUGCAAACAGAUUUCCUGUACUAGUUCUAUGAGUUUAAGGGCCUUGAUCGAGGAGUUGCCUGAGGUACGACCAAUAGAUGAUUCUGCCUGUGAAGGAGACUCGGUGGAUGAUUGUCAGUCUGAUGCCUACAGUCCAGACAACUCUCCAAAGGGACUCAGUCCAGAGAAUUCUUCUAAGGACCUAAGUCCAAAGAAUUCUGCAAAUGAUUUCAGUGAACUUACAGAUAUAUAUUGGCCAGACUCUUUGGGACCUUUAGAUUUGGAUGUACCUUCAUCUAGAUGCUACAAACAAGAUCUGAUUUUCGGGGACAGUGUUAGCUUCAGUGGAUUGAACCGUUUUUUAGCGAGCAGUCUUGAUACAUUUCAGAACUCCUUGUUUGGCUUUGACAAGAAAGAGUUGCCAUCAACAGAUGAAGUUGGACCAAAUUCCUCACUGUCAGAUGACAGAAUUGGUGGCGAAGUUUGACAUCGGUUUGGGAAGUUUGUACGACAAAUUUAGACCACCAGGACAAGCAUAAUGUGCAUAGCAGCUUUUAUUGUUCUCCAUAGGGAUACAAAAGAUGAAGCUCUCUUUCUCCUCCAUAGUCCAUACAUAAGCUUAUCAACAGGUCCAGGAAGGACCAAGUAAACCAAAGCUAACUUGUCAAAAAGAAAAAAAAAAUCUGAUUACCUCUGUACAAAAGGGAAUGGGAACUUUUAGAUAAGUUUCUUUCUUGAUUUGUAUUCUUACAUUCUUAUAUUGGUUGUAUAAUCCAUCAAUGCAUCAGAAACUGUAAAAAUCAAAAUCUUAAACCGUUAUGGGUGAGAUAAAUCCUGGGCUACAUGACUGGCAACUAAAGUUAGGUGGAACGACGAAAACACAUUCGGGUCUUCUGACCAGUGACCACAACACAUUGCUGGCGGCGUUCACCUAGCCACAUAUCGGGAACAUCUCUUGUAUUUUAUUAUCACCGAUGUUCUUGAUGUGCGGCUGAGUGAACGUGACCAGCAAUGGGUUGCUAGCAGAUCCAGAAUCGACGAAAACAGGGUUUCCAUGCAUUUUGUAAAUGGCCAGUCACCACUCGCCAGUGGAAGUUGUUGGACGAAGUGACCAGUCAGGUUUGCAAUUAGUUUCUUAUUCCUGUGCAAUGGUGAUGGCUUACCAUAAUAUUAUAAUACCAUUUGCUUGGCAGGAUCUAUUGAUGGAAACCCUCAUAUCGCCAGGAGGAUUGGGUUUCGGUGAAUCAGUUGGCGUUGGAAUGGGAGGGUACAAGUAAUUAAUGCUGUGUUUGUUUGCAAUGCAAA